UGCUCUAACUAGAAAGAAGAAGAAGAAGAAGCAGAAGAAGCAGAAGAAGAAGAAACACUAAAGUAGAGAACAUGGGAGCCGUUACAGAUGAUGAAGUCAUACGAAAACGUCUUCUUAUUGACGGCGACGGAGCUGGAGAUGACCGCCGAGUCAAUCUACUACUGAAAAGUUUCACGAAAUGGUGCAAUGCGCCAGGGACCGCAGAGGAAGGAUUUACACAGUACCAGAGGAUGUUGAGCUCUCUGGCUCAGUGCGAGUUUUCCAUGGAGAAGACAUCUAUGGUUUACGACAUGAAUCUUCGGGAAAUGGAGAAUUACGAGAAGAUUUACACAAACAUAGAACAAAACAUCAUGUCCGCACAUGAGAAGAUUGCAGAAUGCAAAAAAGAAAUUCAGAAGGCAAAGAGGAUACGAAAAAAUCGUCAAGAAUAUGACGCCUUAGCAAAGGUAAUCCAACAGCAUCCAGACAGGCAUGAAACACUCAAACAGUUGGAGGCUCUUGACAAAGAACUUCAGCAACUGUCGCACAUCAAGGAGAAUGUGGAUGCAAAGUUGGAGUUAAGGAAGAAGCAGUUUCACGUGCUUCUUACAACCAUUCAGGAACUUCAGCAGACACUUGAACAUGAUGAGAAAUCAGAGCAUGAUGACCACAGUCAGGGGAGCCCAGUAGAGAACAGCGAGUGAAGACAGUCUGACUUCACAGAUUAAGCUUUUAAAUGAAUUUGGGUUAAAUCUUUUUUUUUUUGUAUGUGUUGUUUUGAAUAAAGUUGAAUUGUUAAUGAUAGUCCAUUUAACACUUAUCUUUUACUUUUAUUAUAUAUAAAAAAAGUUGUGGUGAAAAAAGAGGGUAGAUAAAUAGGAAUCAGUUAAACCAAUAACAAAGAAAAUCACUGUGUAAUAGCAACUACAUGCAGCACUGGAAGUAACAGGUGACCUGCUUUACUUUAAUUACUUCAAGUGAAAGCCCACAUGUGUCCAGUGAUGUAAAAACAAGAAGCAAGGUAAUGCUCAAUAUAUGUAUUUACUGUUAUAACUUGGAACUUUUAUUAACUUUUCCACAAUGCAGCACUAAAGUACAUUUAUUUUUGUUGAUACUUGAAAUCUUCCACAUUCAGCAAGAAUCCAGUGGCUGUGAGACAUUUGACAUUUCAGAAUCAGAACUACUUUAUUAAUCCCAGAGAGAAACUGCUGCAGUUCAGCGUUAUUUGCAUUAAUAAAAAUUGGGAAAAGUGUAUUUUUGGAAGUGUCAACACUCACAUUUACUAACAGAUUAUUAUUGUAUUAUAUUUCAGAAAUGGGUCUUGGUAAAAUUUAAACAGAAAAGUAAAAAAAAAAAAAAAACCACUAGAUAAUGGAAUGAGAUAAAUCAUAAGAUCAAAUUGGAACGCUCAAAUCAGCAGACAAACGUCCUUAUUUAAACAUUGAAAUAAUAAAGAAAUUAAAUUUGAAUAAAUUAAAAAAAAAUUGGUUUAUACAUUUUGACAAUGGCAAUGAUGUUAUUUUUUAUUUUUUGAAUUUGCUACACAUUUCUUAGAUUCAUGUGAUUUACUCAAAACAGAAAUAUAGACUGAUUUAAACAGUCCUGGAAUAGACCUGUGCUGCAUUGCACAAAAUAUGCAAUUGCAAAGAGUGCCUUGUACUACGCUACAACGAUUCCCAUGGGUUAAAACACAAAAACACAUUUGGAUUUGGACUUUGGAUUUUUAUUUAGAUUUACUUUAGCUGUAACGACUAUCAGCUAUAAACAGCAUAUAACAUUCCUACAGUUACAAUCACUGUUUUUAUUUAUUUAUUCAAAUGAUGGUGCAACAGGUUUGUGGUGGCACACCAGAACUUGUAGAACUUCACCAGGUAUGCACAGGCCUGAAUGGGGUGCUUGAAGCAACUCUGCCCUCUUGUGGCCAAUUUCAAAAGUUUCCCUCAGCAAAAACUCAGAAUUCUCCUUGUCCUGAAGCAUCUCUUGCAAAAAGAU